AUGGGUCACUGUUUCGAUUUGUUUCAUUAUGGACAUGCAAAUGCGAUCCGACAAAGCCGAGCAAUGGCUGAUUGGCUGGUAGCAGGAUGUCACUCGGAUGAAGCGAUUUCUGAGAACAAAGGACCGCCUGUGAUCACGCAAUCUGAAAGAGUCAAGCUGCUCCAGGGAUGUAGAUGGGUGGAUGAAGUGAUCCCAGACGCACCCUAUACGACUCAAGUCGAGUUCAUUGCCAAAUAUGGGAUCCACUUCGUUGCUCAUGGGGAUGACGUCACCACCGACGCCAAUGGCUUGGACAGCUAUCGACUGGUGAAAGAAGCCGGACUCUAUCGCCAGUUUCCUCGUACACCUGGGGUCUCCACCACCGAUGCACUGGCCCGGAUCUUAAACCCAUCGGAUUCAAACACAUCCACCUCCGAUUCAGAACCUGGGGGGUUGACCAUCAACAUAUCAGUCCUCAAUGCGUUCUUGAACUCGGCCUCCUCGGGAACACCUCCCCCCUUGAAAGUCUUGAAAUCAGCCGCUACCGAAUCGUUUACGGUUCGUGAACCUACUAUCCGCUCUGAUGGACACACUCUGGCUCUCGUCCGCCAACUAGAACGUCCAACGGUCUAUCUCCAUGGAACGUUUGAUCUGUUUUCCUCUCGCGACCUUCUCCAACUUCAAAACGCCUGUCAAGACGGCAAAUUGGACUUGCUUGUCGGAAUUUGGAGUGAGGAUGAUGCCAAUGAAAAACUAGGAAAGAAAUGUAUUUGGAGUUUUCAGGAAAGGGCUCUUGGGGUGUUGCAAUGCCGGACCCAUCUGGACCUAAACGGAAGAUUUGGAUUGACCGUCUCUGUCUGUCACACCAAUAUCCAAAAAAAGUACGUUACAGGCCUUGUAGUUCCAGCAAUCCCGUCCACAGAGCUCCUCAAACAUCAAUCGGAGAUCCCCGCCAACAAACUCUUGACAAGCUCGAUCAUUCAAGAGGCCAAGUUUUGCCCGGAUUCCUCUGCCGAAACGAUUGCUUCGAUCUUAGACCGAAAAGAAGAAUUCCUCGCCAGACAGGAGCGCAAACUAUCUAAAUCAAUCUUGGAAAAUCAGUUGGAAAAUCAGAAUCCAAUCAAAUCACCCUGA